AUGUGUAAGCAAUCAGCAACCAGAUCCAUAUUGCAACUCGCAGUUGGGAUAUCUAUCACCACCAUUUGUAAUAUAUACUUUGCAACAAUACUUCAAGUCUGUCACAACCGCCUUUGCCAAAACUAUCCCGAGUUGAUUCGCAAAAGGUCACAAAGACAAACUCAAACUCCCCGUCACCCUACAAAAAAUGACAAGCAAAAAGUUGUGUCAUCACUUUGGAGUGGCAGGCACUUUUGGGAGAAGAAAUUAUUUGACAUUGAUUCGGAUUCUAAUGGUGGCUUAAAUAAAAGCACGAGGUCAGGAAUAACAGAAGAAGAGACGGAUGAUAAUUAUAUUAUUUCAGAGGCAGAUGUUAGUGAAGCCGGUGACGCUUUUGAAACAUAUAAAAUGACACGGAUAAAGAGUGAUCAAGAGACGCGAGAAAAUGAAGAGGAUAACAAAGACAAGGCGAACAGUCAGACUCAACGAGAUACCGAUUCGACAAUAGUUCAGGACCCCGAUCCAUACGUUUAUACCAACUUGUUCCAGUACAGAUAUAAAAAAUGA